AAUCAACACGCUCUUACUGGUGGAUGGCUUCGUUCCGUAUCACCUUUGGGGAGGAGUUGAAUACAUACGUGGCCAGCCAUCACUUCCGCUUUUUGGUCAGUUCAAUUCUCUUGCAUCACCAUCAUUCUCUGUGCUCGGCGUGAAUCGUACGUUCUAGUCGAGGUGAUCGCAGCCGGGAUUCGGGUAUAAAAGGGGUCUCACCUUCCCCCCAAAUCUCCCUCAACCCUCCAUCUCCAUCAGCAUCUCUUACCUCGACACUCCAAUAUCCCCUGCUCAGCUCUCACUACUCUUACAGGGAGCGCCCCGGGGUCCCUUCUGGGGCUCCGGUGUCAUUCCUGUCACCAUCGAUAGAGUAUCCUCGGAUAGAGGGGGGCCCAAAAAAACAGGAAAAAUCAUCAACCAUGACAAAAAAUCUGCUUUCACGCGCCAUUCCCUUUGUUCUCUCGAAAUUCUCUCGAAACGCCAAAAAGACCAAAAACAACACACUGCAUCAUGUACCCCUAGGGUUGAGCAAGUCUACGUGAGGAGCGAUGCUCUUGCUCGACACCCAGGGGCUCCUCGGAGGGGGAGCCGCCAACAACAACCGCCUCACCGCCCCAAGAAAAAUCGGUCGCUCGGCAGGCGCGGGGAUGUCGCGGCUGGAGGAGGAAUGUUUCGCCUACACUGUUCUCCAAACGAUCUUCCACCAGAGCAUCAACGAGCAUCGCGGACAGCACGAUAGCGGUCAUGGAAGCGGCAUCCCACUUGGAAAAAACAAGGCUGCCGAGAUACAGGACCUUUCGGGCCGACUUCCACCAGAGCACCAACGAGCAUCUCCAGCGACAAUAGAUCGGCACAGCACCAUCACCUCGACUCUCGCCAGGCACAUCCCCCACACCUGCCGGGGCAGCCCGAAGAUCACCGCCAUGUUCCCUCAAGUAUAUUGGAGGCCCUUGAGCUGUGCAAAGCUCUGCCGCGAGAUGUCUCUGGCGCCCACUCUAUCUUCGGUCCGCAGUUCCCAGCAGCGGGAGCCCACAAAGACUCGCCUGAGAUUGGGGCGUGGCAAGGAGGAUGUGAUCAGGGGCGACCUGCCCGUGGGGGAAUCCCGCCCCACGGCGCUGUCAAACUCCGACUGA